GGAAUCAUCGUUUUCCCGUCGUGCCUUGGGCUACGGGGCUCGGAAUGAACCCGGAAGUUCCGGGUGGAGUUCCGGGUGCCAACAAAUCUUCCGAGUGGAAUCAUGGCCGCGCUCUGUCUCUUCGACGUGGAUGGGACCCUGACUGCCCCGCGGCAGAAAAUUACAAAAGAAAUGGAUGACUUUCUACAAAAAUUGAGGCAGAAGACCAAAAUUGGAGUGGUAGGUGGGUCAGAUUUUGAGAAAGUGCAAGAGCAACUGGGAAAUGAUGUGGUUGAGAAAUACGAUUAUGUAUUUCCAGAGAAUGGCUUGGUGGCAUACAAAGAUGGGAAGCUUUUGUGUAAGCAGAGUAUUCAAGGUCAUCUGGGGGAGGCAGUGAUCCAAGACCUGAUCAACUACUGUCUGAGCUACAUUGCAAAAAUUAAACUCCCUAAGAAAAGGGGAACUUUCAUUGAAUUCCGAAAUGGCAUGUUGAAUGUGUCCCCUAUUGGAAGAAGCUGCAGCCAAGAAGAACGAAUUGAGUUCUAUGAACUUGAUAAAAAAGAAAAUAUACGACAAAAAUUCGUGGCAGACCUGAAGAAGGAGUUUGCAGGGAAAGGCCUCACAUUCUCCAUAGGCGGCCAAAUCAGCUUUGACGUCUUUCCUGAUGGAUGGGACAAGCGGUAUUGCCUGAAACACCUAGAGCAUGAUGGUUACAAAACCAUCUAUUUCUUUGGAGACAAGACUAUGCCGGGUGGCAAUGACCAUGAGAUCUUCACAGACCCCAGAACUGUGGGCUACACGGUGACAGCACCCGAGGACACACGCAGGAUCUGUGAGGAGCUCUUCCAUUAACACCAGAGGAAUGGGCCUGGCCAACAAGACUGAAAGGUCCCUCAGGGUCCGGGGUCACUUAGGGCCAGAGCCGGAGUCCCUCCUCAUGUGUAUAUGUCCCUAGCCUCCAGCCAGGUUGUUCUCAUGGGUCCAAACACACAGGGACUAGCGGUCACCUCACUGGGCAUGCCAACAGGCCAUGCCUCCACCUCCAUCUAGCACCACCGGCAGCCCCAAGGGAAAAGAAAGAACUUAAUCAGAAAUGGCUGUGGCUGGGUGUGGUGGAUCAUGUCUGGAAUCUGUACUCAGGAAGCUGAGGCAGGAGCAUUGCCAACCAGUCAGAAGACAGCCAGAGGUACAGAAUGAGACCCUGUCUCAAACAGAAUGGUGGCUCUGGGGUUGGGGGCAUUACCCAAAGAACACUUGGCCUAGUAUGGAUGAGGCUCUCCAUUGAUUUAAGUACCUCAGAAACAGAAGUAUUCCACCAUUCCCUUCCUUCAGCCUAUGGUCUAAGAACUGGCUGACAGGAUCCAUGGCUGGUCUUUGAAAUGUCCCCAUAUGAUGAUACAAAAAAAAAAAAAAAAAACAGUAUGCCUGGGCCCCUUCCCCUUUGUGGACCGUUUUCUGGCAGUGGUGGGUUGGGGGAGGCUUUAUUUGGAGCCAUGGUCUCACUGUGUAGCCCUGGGCCAGCCUGACUUUGAGCUCCAUCUUAUGCCUGUGCCUUACAGAUGCAGGUUACAUGCACCAAUACACCUGCCAAGGUUUCACAGAGACUUGACAAUUGUCAGUGUGCAGGGAGACCUGAUGGUUGUCAGUGUGCACACCCAUCUCACCAUCAAAAGGGGGACCUGAUGAUGAAAAAACAUAAGCUAUGCACAGUUGCCCACCUGGGACGAAACUGAAGGCUUCUGUGAUAUAUUCCCAGUCUGCGGUGGAGGCUGGGGCAUGAACUAAGGCCAGUGUUCUACCAAAGGGCUGAUGUUUCUGUUUUCAAGCCAGCUUCCUGUCUAUGAGCCAGAGACCACAGCUUGGCCUGCCUGACAGAUAGCUGGCCAAGUGACAACUGAUCCUAGUUUGCACCUCUACUGGCCUGGCUGGCUCUAUUUACUACAUUUUACAGCAGGACUGCUGCCUUGUCACCAGCAGGAGGGGGGAUAGAGGACCCAGCAAAGCAAAGCCCUGUCUGCAGUCCUUCCCUCCAAGCUACCUGACCCAGGUAAUAGCCAGAUGACCACAUAGGAGCUGCCACUCCUUCAGCCUCUUCCUGGAGAGUGCACAGGCCUCGUCCAAAACCUCAGGGAGUGCCUUCUAAGAAAGUCCCCAGGCCACUUUCCAGUGCCUAGUAAACGGUUCUGCAGCCCAGCUCCUUGUUGGGAACUGCUGCUGCUACCCUUUCCUGCCUCCAGCCACCAUGUAUUCCCACAGCCCUGCCCUUGGCUACCCACACUGGCAUCUGCUACUGACCCCUUCACCUCUGUCCACCCCCACAGGACAGUGCCAGGAUCUCCACCCAGAGGCAAACGUUCUUGGAUUUUACGGCAGUGCUGUGAUCACUUGCCCAGGGAAACACAUUAAAGGGACUGCACCUUC